AUGAAGUUCUUUCAACUCCUCUUCGUUACCCUACUGACUAACGUUUUCACGGCUGCCGCCCAGGCUAACAACGGGGACGAUGAUUGCGCCACUCAACAGGAACAUUGCGUCGCAAAAUGCAAAGCCGAGGGUAAAGGGUUACCUAAAAUAGCUGUCAUAAUACGUACGGGCCAGGACCGCAAACCUUUACCUGCUCCUGUUAAACGCAAACAGGAUCGGGAUGUCUAG